GCCUCCAAAAUAACACCAUUCUGGAUUCUUUGUUUAAUGAUCAUGGAUAUCAACGCGCCCACCGAUCCUUCUUCAGCACAUGUUGCUUUGCCCGGAGAGAUGUCAUCAUCGGGUAUUUUUACCAACGAUGGCCCAAUAACGCCCCUCGAUCUUGUAGAAGGUCCCAAAAUUCGUACGAAGCUGCGCCUGUACGCUAUUUUAGUAGCUCUCUAUCUUGCCCUUGGUCUAGCCGCUCUUGACCAGACCAUUGUCUCAAUAGCCAUUCCUACAAUUUGUGCUGAUUUGCACUCUGCUUCUGGUUAUGUUUGGAUUGGUGGCGCCUACCUACUUGCCAACGCCGCUACAGGACCAAUCUGGGCAAAAUUCAGCGACAUAUGGGGCCGCAAGCCCGUCCUUCUCGUAGCAAUUGGCUUGUUUGCAGUAUCUAGUAUACUUGUGGCACUAAGUAUUAACAUGACAAUGCUCAUCGCUGGACGGUCAUUGCAAGGUGUCGCUUGUGGUGGCCUAGGACAAGUGGUGAUAAUCACGAUUUCGGAUCUUUUCAGUGUACGGAAACGAUCGUUAUACCUAGGGUUCGUUGGAUUCGUUUGGGCAGUUGCUGGGUCAGCUGGUCCGCUAAUUGGUGGAGCUUUUGUUCAGUACAAGAGCUGGCGGUGGUGCUUCUGGAUCAACCUCCCCAUAUCCGGAGUAACCUUCGUUCUCCUGCUUCUGUUGCUCGAUGUGCACAACCCACGCACAAAAAUAAUAGAAGGUGUUCGAGCUAUCGACUGGUUCGGGACCAUCUCUAUUCUUGCGGUAACUCUCCUCAUUCUCGUCGGACUCGACUUCGGUGGUGCAACAUUUCCCUGGAAUAGCCCGAAAGUCAUCUGCUUGAUUGCAAUUGGAACCGUAAUGAUCGGGUUCUUUAUCUUUAGCGAGAAAAGACUUGCCAAAUAUCCCCUGAUGCCACUGGCGGUGUUUGCAAAUUCGUCCAACAAUGCAACUUUUGUACUUGUAUUUGCGCAUAGCAUGGUUCUAAUAGGCAUUGAAUAUUAUCUACCAUUAUACUUUCAGAGUGUACUACAAGUGUCACCUCUCCGUAGCGGUGUCUUGUUGUUACCGUUGGUAGUAAUACAAGCCGUCCUUGAGAUUAUGGCUGGUGCUACAAUCCACCGCACAGGCCGCUAUAGAGAGUUCAUGUGGGUUGGAACAACCCUUAUGACGUUAGGAACAGGGCUGUACAUACAUUUUGGAGCCGAUACAUCUGUUGCAGUCGUCAUUGGGCUGGAAACUAUUGGUGCUUUUGGCCCCUCUCUUCUUUUCCAGGCUCCUAUGGUUGCUAUUCAGAACACUGUUAGUCAGGUUGACACUGCCGCAGCCACAGCUUCUUUAGGUUUCGUCCGCAAUAUUGCGAUGGCAUUGUCUAUCGUGGUCGGUGGUGUGGUUUUUCAAAAUAGUAUGGAUGCACGGCAACCAUCCCUUGCUGCCGCUGGCCUCGGCGAACCUGUUCUCAAGGCUUUGUCAGGUAGCCAGGCAGCGGCAAACGUGGGCAUUCCGCAGUUAAUUCAGGAUGCUUUCCAACGCCGGGAGGUCUUAAAAGCUUUUGCAUGGAGUCUGAGGAAUAUGUUCAUAUUGUAUACGUGCUUGGCGGCUGUGGCCAUGGUAGCUAGUGUAUUUAUCAAGCACCAAAGGCUAAACACCGAGCACACAGAAACAAAGACAGGGAUACAAUCGUUGAAAAGAGCGGCGGAUACGACAGGCUAAUCGGAUACAAGUCACAGUAACAACAAAGGUGAUGUCGCAAUUAGUGGCCUCACAUAAAUCUCUCGGAAAGCUAAUACACCAAAUGCUAGCAAGUGUAUAGGCGUCGAUUCGAAAAAUAUUUCCAACAUGAGAGAUAUCACUUCGAACGCUUCCCAAGGACUGGUUUAUCCGACACAUGGAGGUAUUGCUGGCACUGGGCCCCCAACAUGUUUGGAGGGCACCCGGGUGAACUAUGAUGAAGUGGAAGGAGACAUGCACCUUUCGAUAAUGCUACGCAUCGCAAUUUGCCUUCGAGGUUUCGAAGGCAGAAAGCCUGUUUCAGGGCCUCACUGCUGGACCCGUUUAAUAAAUCGGGAACAAUGGGAUAUGGCUUAGGAAAGAUCACUACUUGAUGGCUCGACGGAGAAUAAAAGAGUAGACGCAUGAAUUUCAUGAAAUCUAGAAGAUUAGCACACUUCAAUUGAAUUGGGGACUUUGGUAGUUCAUCAGUUAUUUUAGGUUAGGAUAUACAGGAAGUGCCUAAAAGCGUGAUUCUCAAUGUUGUCUAUUGAUAGCCUGCUUGUUGAAAGAGAUAACGAUUCAUAAUAUACCUUA